AAGUGUCCGGACUGGAAGGGGGUGAAAGUGUCCGGACUGGAAGGGGGGAAAGUGUCCGGACUGGAAGGGGGUGAAAGUGUCCGGACUGGAAAGGGGGGUAAAAGUGUCCGGACUGGAAGGGGGGGAAAGUGUCCGGACUGGAAGGGGGUAAAAGUGUCCGGACAGGAAGGGGGUAAAAGUGUCCGGACUGGAAGGGGGUGAAAGUGUCCGGACUGGAAGGGGGUGAAAGUGUCCAGACAGGAAGGGGGUAAAAGUGUCCGGACUGGAAGGGGGUGAAAGUGUCCGGACUGGAAGGGGGUGAAAGUGUCCGGAC